AUGGAUAUGUCCAGAUCGUUUUUCGUCGAGUCUAUAUUAGCCAACAACAAAAAGGAGUACUUGCAGCCGAAUAGUGAGGCAAGGUUGCCGUAUCCGCCUAAUUACAUCAGCAGUUACCUGUUUUCUCUGAGUUUGGCCAGACAGCAGCAACAACAGCAUUUGCAACAGUUGGGGAUGGUGCCUUUUCACCAUCCCAAGACGUUGGUGAGACCAGUACCAAGUCUAGCGAAGCUACCCAGCCCGCAAAUCAAGUUGGAGACUCUACCACAACAAGGGCACAUAUCACCAAUGUACAGCACACCUUUAGCCUCUCCAACAGCUCAACAAGAAAGCCGUGAAUCCACACCAACACCACCUUUGAGUAGUCGUUCUUCAGAGUCAUCACCAAGCAAAGACAACUCUACAAAACGAAUCAGAACCGCUUUCACCAGCACCCAACUUCUACAGUUAGAGCGGGAAUUCGCCUCAAACAUGUACCUCUCAAGGCUGAGGAGAAUCGAAAUCGCGACAUGCCUAGGUUUAUCGGAAAAACAAGUGAAAAUCUGGUUUCAAAACAGACGCGUCAAGCAGAAAAAAGACCCCCCCUCCCCCUCCCAGCAUCUCAAGUGUUUGUGCUCGAAGAAAUCUCAGGAAUCCUCGACGUGCGAUGAGGAUAUUGAUGUGAUGAACGUCGAUGAUAACCAUCAUCAUCUGUAUCAUCACUAG